UCGCCGACGCCACGCCCCUCCCGCCCAAUAGUACUGACCGGGGACGGAGCCACUUCCUUUCUGCGCUCCCUCGGCCUAGCGAGCAGGCAGGACCUCAACAUGCAGAACGACGCCGGCGAGUUCGUGGACCUGUACGUGCCGCGGAAAUGCUCCGCGAGCAACCGCAUCAUUGGUGCCAAGGACCACGCGUCCAUUCAGAUGAACGUGGCCGAGGUUGACAGGGUCACAGGUCGGUUUAAUGGCCAGUUUAAAACCUACGCUAUCUGCGGGGCCAUUCGCAGGAUGGGCGAGUCAGAUGAUUCUAUUCUCCGAUUGGCUAAAGCUGAUGGGAUUGUCUCCAAGAAUUUUUGACCAGAAGAGAUCGGGGAAAAUCUGUCAUAAAUAAAAGUGAGAAAAAGUA